ACUGUGCCUGGAGGCGAGGGACCCCUACUGCGGCUGGGACUUUAAGCAGCGGAGAUGCACCACGCUGGAGGACAGCUCCAACAUGAGCCAGUGGAAACAGAACAUCUCCGUUUGUCCGCUGAGGAACCAAACCAUCAACGGAGUCUUUGGACCCUGGUCAUUAUGGCAGCCGUGCAACAAUGACGACCCUCUGGACGGCGUGAGCUCCUGUUUGUGUCGCUCCAGGUCUUGUGACAGCCCCGCCCCUCAAUGUGGAGGGAGAAGCUGUGAAGGCCACACUAUUGAAGUGUCCAACUGCUCAAGAAACGGAGGCUGGACACCGUGGUCAUCUUGGGGACAGUGCAGCACCACCUGUGGAACGGGCUUUGAGCUGCGCCAGCGGUCCUGUAACAACCCGUCACCACGUCACGGUGGGCGUGUGUGCGUGGGGCCGAGCAGGGACGAACGAUUCUGCAACGAAGGCGUGUCCUGUCCUCAACCAAUCUUUUGGACCCCCUGGGGCUCGUGGACGAAGUGCAGCACAGAGUGUGGAGGAGGCGUCCACUCCAGGGUCCGCAGCUGUGAGAAUGGCAACACCUGCCCAGGAUGUGCACUGGAGUACAAGGCCUGUAACCUGGAGGCAUGUCCAGAGGUUAAGAGAAACACACCUUGGACCCCCUGGAUGCCUGUUAAUGUAACUCAAGUGGGGGCUCGCCAGGAGCAGAGGAUGCGCUACAUGUGCCGGGCCCACCUGUCCGAUCCCCACGAGCUGCAGAUUGGACGAAGGAAGGUGGAGACACGUUUCUGUCCAAACGACGGGACAGUGGUCUGUGAGACAGAUAGCCUGGUCGAGGAGCUCCUAAAAACACCAGUGCUGAGAAUACCCGGGGCGAGCUGGUCUUCCUGGGAGACCUGGUCCAGCUGCUCGCAGAGUUGUGCUAAGGGCUACCGAACCCGUCGACGGACCUGUUCUGGACCCGAGGGGAAAAGUGCCCCUGUAGCAUGCCGUGGCUCUCCUGUGGAGUAUCAGGACUGUAACGUGCAGGCGUGUCCCGUGAAAGGUGCAUGGUCCUGCUGGUCAUCCUGGUCUCAGUGCUCAGUGGGCUGUGGUGGUGGGCACUACCAGCGGACACGUUCCUGUAACAGCCCCRCACCUGCCAAUGGAGGAGAUAUUUGUAUAGGUCUUCAUACCGAGGAGGCCUUGUGUAACACACACCCAUGUGAUGGRGGCUGGAUGGCCUGGUCGCUGUGGUCUGCCUGUGAUGACUCGGGAAUCCAGAUGAGGAGUCGAGUUUGUGGUGCUCAGGGCAGCAUCCCCUGUGUGGGGAACAGCACUCAGCACAGAGACUGCAAUGAAAUACCUGUCAUUCUCCCUGCAUCUGGUUUUGAUAAGGACCAGCAGUGUGGAGCGUUCACCUCCAUCCACCUAAUUGCCACCGGUGUUUCCUGUUUCCUCGGGGCGGGUCUACUGUCCUUCCUAAUCUAUGUGUACUGUCAGCGUUUCCACAAGCCCUCACAAGAGUCCGCCAUCAUUCACCCCACCACCCCAAACCACCUCAACUACAAGGGCAACACCACACCAAAGAAUGAGAAGUACACACCCAUGGAGUUUAAGACACUGAACAAAAACAACCUACUGCCAGAUGAAAGAUCCAACUUCUACCCGACGCCGCUCCAGCAGACAAACGUCUACACCACCACCUACUAUCCCACGCCACUCGGAAAGUUCGACUACCAACCCAACUCCUCCCCUUCACCGUGCAGGACCUACAACAACAGUAACAGCAGCUGAGACCCAGUCCACAACUGACUCUACACUGCCCCCCUCCUGCCGUAAACACACACUGCACCUUGGUGACAUAACUGAACCAACAUGAACUGGGAUGUUGUUGGGCACUUGGCAAAGUUUCUCUGCUCACCAUCACCUCCCUGCUUACAUAGUCUCUUCUGCAUGAUGAGGUUUUGUAUUUUUUGGACAUUUCCAUCAAGAAAUGUGGAUUUGAUGAACAAAGCCGGUGUCCCGGUGAAGUUAAACAACCAGCUGGAGGUUUGUUUUUGUUCGAAUUUGUCUGGAUCUAGCUGAACAACCCACUGCUUCAUGUGGAGAACAAAGUGAGGGGGGAAGGGGGCACGUUUUGGCUUUGAGGAGUUUGUUGUGACGACUUUUGCACAAGUAAUGGGUCGGACACCCAAAGUUGCAAAGACUAACAUGAACACAAUGUAAUCCAAACUACCAUUUUAUGCCUUUCCAUUACAAACCACACUCUCAGCCGGUAAUGAACUGAAGACCCUCAACAACAAAGGCAAUUCCAGAGAACAAAGUGUGCAUGUGUUUGUGACCUUGCCACACAGCACAGAGCAAGGGAACGACAACAAAAGAGGAAGCUCAAUGAAGUCGAUGAUGAAAUAAAUUACAGAUCAAUAUCAGCUCGGCUGUUUGGAGGGAAACGUGCUAUCCCCAUUGUUGUUACUUCACAUGACGGCAAAGAUAAGAACCUGAAACUUGAUUAAGGUUGUUUUUUUUAGUAGAGCUGUUUACGCAAAGUCACAACGAGCAACAUCACCCUCAGAUGGACAGCAGUGUGGAUUAAAUCUGCUUCUGAUCAACGUCCUGAACUUUUGGACAAAAAGGACGCACUCAUGAGGUCGAAGGGAGGAAUGUGGGGAGCGUUGGGUACUGGACUCACUUUGGGAAUGCCAUGGGUGCCUGUAUGCAAUAGAGGACAGAGUCGUUGUUUUUUGUUUUCCCAUUUCUAUUUCUUUCUGUUUCAUUUGAUCUAAGAACAAUAAAAACUUCUCAAAGGGAA